ACUAACAGAGGAACGAAUUGAGGAGACAGAAACGACUGCGACUACUACGGCCCGCCGCUGACAUCUACAAAACUAGCUACAAGCAUAGGUCAGUCGGACCAAGAGACGGACGGUGUACCUUCGGCCAUGGGCGCGCACGAGGACUCGGAAAUAACAAUCGGUCGCGCGUAAUACAGGGUCUUUCCGUUUUAAAUUCAAAAUACUUCUGAUACGCGAGUGUUCGCAUUUUAAUAUUGAAAAAAACAUAAGAUUCGGAUAGCCUAUUUCGCUACGUUCAACUCCAUCAUAAGGUGUUUUGAAAACAACCCCUUUUUACAUUGCACGUGGUCUAGAAAAACGAGAAACAAAAAGUAAGGUAGACAGAAAAUUGGAAAUUGCUGCUUGUGGUUAUAAGCCUAUGCUUUCAGCUAAAUGAGACUUAUAUACAGGAACUGCCUCUGGAUUAGAUCACUGUCCUUAUCGAGAGCAUAAAACGCGGGCGCACACGCGUACUGAUUCAGUAUGGAAUAUGAGCAUUAGUUUUAUUUAACAGGUAUUUAAAAAUUGUCAGAAAUCCCACAUGCUUAGCCUAUGUGUAUGUCGAGGUGUUGAAUAGCGCGACACUGACAAUCUGUUGACAGCUGUGAUGUCCCUUCUCCUGUAGGGUGUCUACCGCUCCGUAGAAGUGUAACGCGGUUUUAUUUCGCCGAAUGGACGGGCUACUUUUCCGACAAGGACUGACAACGUGAGCGUCAGUGCUGUGGAUACUUCGCAACGGCCUAAAAGUGACUCACAGGCUACAACAGGUCCGCUUCGAAACGAAGUUUCUGCCAGUGACUUACGAGCUCUCGUGGUAGCAGCGACGGUCCGCCAUACCGAUCGGGAAAUGAAACAAUUUCAGCCGUCACGUGUUUUAAUUUCUGUGUAGAACCGUGUGUGUGAGUGUGUAUGUGUGAAGAACCACAUCAUGUCAUCGUGUGAUAUUAACAAUUAUUUACGAGGCGAAGAAACAUAAAUAUUUUCAAGUGGGUGGAAAAAUACAUCCUUUAUGUUAGAAUAGAAAUGGUUGCACGUUACUUGGUGUUAAAGAAAAGAGUUUUCUUUUUGUGCACAUGUUAAACUUCUAAUUUUGCCCAUUCAUUAAGUAACAAAUCAUAAAAGUAGGUUCUUGUCUAUUCCCUCAGCAUGAUUAUAAUACUGCAAGGGGACAAUAUGUUUCUUUCUUACAAAUUUUCCCUUUCGGAGUGAAUCGAUUUGUAGCAAAAGAACUCGCCUUACGUACAACUAGUUUGAUAGCAAGAGUUAUCCCGCUGUGUAUAGGGAACAGUCGUUUCUAAAGAACGCUUGUAGUCCAUUAAUUGUAUUAUAGUACUGACGCUGCGUAAGAUUGCCUGAGAAUAAGAUAAAAACGGAUUAUGAACACAAUUCGCGAGAAAAUAUUGGGCAUAUAUUUAUCUAAGCAAACGCAAUUUGUGUGAAGUUGGAGAAAAUUUUUUUGUUGCAUAUAAACCUACAUUAAGUGAAAAUCUUGAUUAUAUUAUUAUGCUUUCUUAAUUUAAAAUAAUUUACAAUAAUCUUUUUUCGGUUAAAAUUAUAAUUUUAGAUGGGCUUAUUGCAUUUAAAUAAUCAACCGUGCUCUUCCAAUAAGUGAAUUCCUCAGUAGCUUUAAAUCGUGUGAGAGACACUGUGCUAGUUGUCAUGGAAAUAAUCAGUGCUGUAAUCCAGUGAACGAAACAAAACACAGUCGGGAGCUUUACGCAUAAAGCAGUGGACAGUUCUGAGCCCAUUGUUAAUCCUGCUAGCAUUAAGCUACUCUCUCCCCCUCUAACGUAAUAGCGCGGGCAAAACAGAAGAACAACUGUUAAUUAACUUAUUUUAAACUCCACUUUAAACGCGUUGAAGACAAUAAUUGCUCUAUCUAUUGCGGGGUCAUCAAAAUAAAUCUCACUGUUACCGCUGUUAUUAAAGGAAGUCAACAACAGAGUCACUAAAAUCUAUAAACAAGCCCAUAAAUUUCAACUCACCUCCGGUACAGAGCUUCCCCUCACUCUUUCACGCCGCCGAAAACUCAGUCAUUUCAGAAAAGUUAUUUCUAACUUGUUAUAUUACAAUUACUUCUCUCAUUACUGCUUAUUAAACAACCAAAAUUAACAGUCACACUAUUUUUUUUUUCAGUUUCCGCACGUUGGAACCCAGAAAGACCACGUUAUAUCGCAUAUCUCUAAAAUAAUAAUAAAAACAGUCUUAGAAAUUCCCCCCACCUCUCGUAAUCAUCUCGUCAACCUCCCCUCCCAUUUUGAAAUACCCCCUUAGUACAAAAGCACACAUCUAUAGUUUUAUACGCAUGCGCAGAACGUUUAUGUAGUUACUCCCAAUAUACAAAACCGGAGAGGAUCAAGACACAUACAGAGCUGAAGACUUUUUAACCUGAAACCUCCUCCCAUAUCCCCCCCUUCUCAUUCCUCCCUUUCUGAAAUUCUCUCUCCAUUAACCCUCUAUCUCUCUCUUCUCCUCCCUACAGUACCCCUCUCCCCACCCUCUCUUUUUGCGCCACUGUCUCUGUCUAACAUUCUCUGCCUCUCGUCCCUCUGACAUCGACAGCAGGGUUGAAGAAUACAACUGCAAGUACCCAAUCAAAGUUUGACGGACCACGGGGAUUGGUGGUUGGGUUUUCAACCAAAACGGUGAAACUGGUGCGAGCGACCAUGAUGUCGUCAAACAAUCGUUGGUGCUAUCCAUGUCAGCAACGACGCUGCCGGAAUAAUCUCGUGCGUUAGACAGGGCGCGUGCCCCCGUCAUCAUUUGGCGACGGCGUGGUAAACUAGUAGUAGUCAUGGUGGUGGUGGAAAACUAGGCACCCCCCGCACCCCUUACUCUUAUUUUUUGGAUUUUUACUUGAGGGUGGUUUGUGUGUUAGACUACGACCAGAACAACGUGGCAUUGUAUACGCUCUUCCUCCCCUCGCGUGGCCUGCUUGCUACUGGAGGUUGGUAGUGGUGAAAAUUUCAGAAACUUGACAUAAGUCACCAUACUGUGCAACAGAGACAGAUGAGUGUCAAAGUGAGAAAACAGAUUUCGUCAGAAACAGCAGACGAUCAGUACAGUACCAACAUCACCAUCAACUGAGGCAGACGUAUGUGAGUUCUGGUAUCUACUUUCUGCUGCAAAGUAUAGGGAAGGGACGACAUAAAGAGAGACAGGCAUCGACUUCUCUCUGCCUCUCUUCGCUCUCCCUCAAAACUUUUUCAGUGGCUCUUCUACUUGUCAUCAUAUAAAACACGUGAUCCGAGCAGACGUAGCGACGCAGUGCUUGUUCAAACCUUACGAUCAGUGGUUGGCCCGGAAUUACCCGCUAUUUCCCUCAUUUCAGCAGUCCUUUUUAAGAUACAUAUACAACAGAACUAUCAUAAACAUGACCGUCAUCAGUAAGGAGAACUGCAACUUCUACCACAACCGCUUGACAGUAAUUGCGGCUCAUAAACUAGACGAAGACAUCCGUACGGGCCACGUGGUCGCGCUACGUUGAAAAAGAACUAUAGAGGAAAAGCAUAUACUAUUUUUUAAUAUGCUGCGUGCGUGUGUUCAGUUUUAUUGAAGCAUAUACUUAUAAAGCGACUUUUAAAAGUACUUCUCAGAGGCAGUUAACAGAAAAUUUAUGCAUUGCGAAAAUUUUAUGAUUAUUUUCGUCAUUACGAAUUUAUCGGCAAUCUACUCCAUCAAAUGACUCUUAAGUGAAGUUGAACUUUGUUUGGAUCCAAGUUAUUGUCAAUUAAACAUUUCGAUUUUGUUUUUUAGUGAACAAAUCCAUCAGAAUAACAGACGAAAAAAUAACUGUACUAUGUACUUGUGAAAGUGUUGUGUUAGAGCACAUCGAGAUCAUCCACUCCAGAAGGACUGUUAAUUUUUUCGCCUAAUCCGUGCAGAAACAUUAGUUCUCAGUCUACAAAAAGUUCCUACGCGUGAUAUUAUUGUGGUUCAUACAUGUAGUCAAAGCGUUUAAUUGGGUCUCUGUGUUGUAACAAAACUUGCAGUGGGACAGCUGUUUUAACAUUUGCUCUCCUUACACAUUGAAACUCAAUUAACAAUAAGAGGAAAACCCGCAGAAGUUCCUGUAAACCAUAUAAAGAAAAUUAAGUGUGGCACAAUGAGUUCUUACCAGUUCGUGAAUUCUCUGGCGUCAUGUUACGCGAACCAGGGUCAAGCCCAGAGGGCAGGGGCUUCCCCUGUGAGUGCCCAACACCCCGCAUCCGGUCAGGGACAGGCUGCAGACUACUACAACCCCAACGCAGGGGCCACCGCUUCAUACCCACCCAGCUGCUACUCGCCUCAACAAGUUUCCGGCCAUCAUGCGCAACAUUAUCCUCAACAUUCCUACGCUGCCAGCAGCGUGUCAGCAUCUCAACACAUGCAGAAUGGGGGUGGCGCUGCUUCGAUGGUGGACUAUACCCAAUUGCAUUCGUCCCACCCUCAGAGGCUUGGGGGUGGCGCAACAGUGACUCAUCUCCAACAGCACCCUCAUCAUCACAGCGCAAACAAUGCGAGUCCUGGUGCAGUAACCCCUCCCUUAGGGGUUGUUACAACACCUGGUGGAGCUCUCCUUAAUAAUAACUCUGUAGCAAGUAAUAGCAGCUGUAAGUAUGCGAAUCCAACGACAACUACAGGGGUUAGCUCUCCGCAAGAUUUGAGCACAACAGGAGGAGGACCUCAGAGGAGUAGCCCACCGAUACCGGUGGCUCAGCAGGCCUCAAACCCCAACAGCGUAACUGGAGGGAAGUCAACAGUAACAUCUCCUGCUUCAGCUUCGAGUACGAACAGCCCUUCUGGGGCCGCAGUGAGAGCUGCUGGAGGGCCAUCAGCUACUUCUCCGGCAGUUACAGGCCAGCAGCAGACCACCGGAUCUACAACGGCAUCAUCGGCUGUUUCCCAAAGUUCCUCGUCGCCUGCAUCAUCCACAUCUUCGACUUCUAGCACGACGGGAUCGACCAAUAACACCAAGCAAGGGGGAGGGUCCACCACUAGCAACCCCCCGCAGAUCUACCCAUGGAUGAAGAGGGUGCACCUCGGACAGAGUACGGUGAACGCCAAUGGUGAAACUAAACGUCAAAGGACAUCAUACACGAGGUACCAGACCCUGGAGCUGGAGAAGGAAUUCCACUUCAACCGCUACCUGACUAGACGGCGGAGAAUAGAGAUCGCCCACGCUCUGUGCCUCACGGAGCGGCAGAUCAAGAUCUGGUUCCAGAACAGACGCAUGAAGUGGAAGAAAGAGCACAAGAUGGCCAAUUUCCACUUGGCUUCUCUACAAGAUGAAGGAUAUGCUUUUCAUCAAGCUAUGGGAAUGGGGGUGGGGCCUAUGCAACGCGGCUUGUACGCCUGCGGAAGUCCGUACAGUUAGUAUGAAUGGCAACAAUACCCCCAACAAUAAGAAUCCAUGACAACGUGAGGAUCAGCUUAAAUGUGAAUCAAGGAAAUGUUGCUAGUCCACUGACAAUAAUGGAUUCUGUGUUGAAUUUCAUUCGUUUUAUAAUGAAUGAAGGGGGUGUUUAUCUACUUCGUAAAUAAACACAAUUAUGUGUUGAUGACUAUACGUCAUUAUGAAAAAUUAUUUAUGCUUCUGGUAAAAAGAAACUCUUCUAACAUCUUUAGGGUACAGUGAUGAGAAACUUUCUGUCGACAUAAUUGCAACAUGAAAUAUUACAGGGAAUGUUAAUGGCACGCCAUACGUGAAGUGAAGGAAUGAGACAUGCAACAGCAUUCUGAAAGAUGUUUAUAGUUUCAGUAAAUCUCAGUAAAUGCAAAUAGCCAGCUCUUCAACAAAAGUUCAAUGACACAAUUUGCAAAUUACUCAUCAACAACUGCGUCCUUUUUUUUAAAUAAACACAAAGUCAAAAUAAAUGUUUUGUAAUGUUUUGACCUUGCAAAAUAUCUCACAUAUAUUUAACACCGAUAUGAUAUUAUUAGAGCCAAUUUAUGACCUUCAAACUAUGUUCACGAUUUACGCAAAAAAUAAAUGAAACCCAAUAUCGCCAGUAUAACUAUAUAUAAUAUGACAUGCUGAUUACAAAGUAUUAUUUGAAAUGUUUCUUCAUACUCAUAGCAGAAUAAUUGUCACUAUGCAUACAGUUACAUUAAUAACAGUGACAUAAUAGAACGCGGACUAGGAUCUACACGAUUUUGGAUGGAAGUAAAAUAAAUAUCAAGAACGGACAAUGGAGGACUAUUAUGAUAGCAAGAAUGUAUGUGGCCAUAUUUAAAACAAAAUCGCAGCGGUGCAUAGUUUUUAUUUAAAAUAUUUAUUAUAGAUCGAAGGAAGAUGUGUUUGAAAAAGAAAGAACAGAAUAUAUGUUAAGAAUUACGAUCAGUAAUGUAAAUAUGUUUAUUGGUGUUUUCUUCUCAAUAGCAGUCUCUGUGUAGACUCAAAUGUUACGUAAAGAAACAAAGGAGGUAGUGCACAGGAAGUACCACUAAUGACCAAAAGCGGUUACUCUAUAAUAGAUUUUUUGCAGUAUAUUAAUCUACUUACAAUAAAAAUACAACAGGUAUAUCCACAUGGACACAAAUUGUUUUGGUGCAUCAAUCUAUUUUAAUGAAUCCUGUUCUUCAAAGAAAAUAUAAUUACUUUGUUUUAAAUUUUUCUGAUGAAGUCUUAAAAUACCUUGAUCUGGUACAUACUCCUCUAAGGUAUAUAUAUAUGUAUUAAUAACAAUACAUAUUUUUUGCUUUGCUAUACAAAGUAAUGAAAACGAAAUACUAAAUCAGGGCAUCAGAGAUGUAUUCAUCCUCAAUGAUGAAUCAAACUGGAACCGUAUCUCCUUUGUCCAUUACAGUAAUAAUUUUCAAACAAUAUAAGCAACCCUUCUCUCAACAUAUUCUUAUGCAAAAAAAAAAAUAAAUGUUUGUGAAUCUUGCAAGUUGAUAAUGUGUAUAUUUAAAACAAAACAGGUUUCAAUGUCAAAAGUUUAAGUCAACAAUUGCAAAUAAAGUGGGUGUUGUGUGCGUGUGUACGCCGUUAUAAAAUGGCUGAACCACUGGCAUGUGUGGCUCAACAAUACAAUUAGCUUCUAGAAAGAUCCUGCAUUUUAAUUAUAGAUGAAAAAAAUAAUUAUAAUAAAAUAUUGUGUAAAUUUCAUUCAAUGUGAUUGUAUAUGUAGCAACAAUUUGGCUGUACGAAUGUUGAUAAUUAUACAUAUAACCUCGA